CACGACUACCGGCUUUCUCUUUAUCAUGGCAUCGUCAGACUGCCCUGGAGAUGACUGCAUCUUACAGCGGGGGAGAUCUCAGAGUUACCCGAGCAGCACCACCGAGGUCCGCCCGGGUGAGGCGCACCGAGCAGAUGUGAUGGACCAACAGAGGGUACUGCAGUCUGGCUGCCUGGUCUCGGGGGUUCGUACACCUCCUGUAAGACGCAACAGUAAGUUAGCCAACUUGGGACGCAUCUUUAAGCCAUGGAAAUGGAGGAAAAAGAAAAAUGAGAAACUGAAGCCCUCAGUGGUUGUGGAGAAAAAGGCAGCAGUCCGACAGAAGCGAGAUGACCUCCUUAAACAGAACCCCGGGAAGAUGGAAGCAGAUUCAGACCUUGCUUGUGGAGGUAACAAUGAAGAUCAGGACACUCCAAACCACUCAGAUGGAGAUGACAGAGAUGAGGAGCCCAUAGCAUCGCCGGCCAGUACCACUGAAGACCCGGGCUAUGAUUUUGAAGCUUUAACAGUGCAAGAUGUGAUGGAGGAUUGCAAGGCAGUGGAAGAUCCCAGUCAAAGUGAAAAUGGAGGUCCCUUUGAUGAGCAUUUCAAGGUGGAGUUCUCUGACUGCAGAAAUGAACCGGCCCCUCCUCAGAGACGUGCCAGCACCCCUCCAGGACCCAACCUGCAAGUCAAAGUGCUCACCAGACUGGGCAGCCUUGAUGGUGCGCCACCAGUGAGAGUGAAAAAAUCUCCAGCCACCUUACCCAGGAAUUUCACGCUUCCCAAAGACCCUCAUGGCUCCCUGUUGAGAGGCCGAAUGUCCACACCAACUGGCUCCCCCCACCUUGGCGCAAUCCAUUCUCAACUACCCCCUAGCUGCAUAAUCGAGGAACUGCACCGUGCGCUGGCCACCAAACAUCGACAGGAAAGCUUCCAAAUAAAGGAGGUGCGUGCAUCUCCCAAAUGCAGGCUAGAUGGUCGCCUGUCCCGCACCUCCAGCACAGAGAGGGAGCCUGCUGGCGAGCCGGAGACCAAGAAGCAGUCUGAUGAGAACAAGGAGAACCGGCGUCUGGAUGAGUACUUGAGUGAUCAGGACAGCUGGAACGAGUCUGUGAUCUCUGGGACUCUCCCACGCAGAAUGAGGAAGGAAGUUUUGGCUGUGAAGCUCCGGAACCGACCCAGCAAGCAGGAGCUGGAAGACCGCAACAUCUUCCCUGUCCGCAGCGACCAGGAGCGUCAGGCGAUCCGUCAGCAGAUAGAGAUGAAGUUGGCCAAGAGACUGAGCCAGCGUCCGGCGGUGGAGGAGCUGGAGAGUCGGAACAUCUUGAAGCAAAGAAAUGACCAGACUGAACAGGAAGAAAGGCGAGAAAUAAAGCAACGCCUGAACAGAAAGCUCAACCAGCGACCGACAGUGGAUGAGCUGCGGGACAGAAAGAUUCUCAUUCGUUUCAGUGACUAUGUGGAAGUGGCCAAAGCUCAGGACUAUGACAGGAGGGCAGACAAGCCCUGGACCAGACUGUCAGCUGCUGAUAAGGCGGCCAUCCGUAAAGAACUGAAUGAGUUCAAAAGUACGGAGAUGGAGGUUCAUUCUUCGAGCAAACACCUGACAAGGUUCCACCGGCCUUAGCAAGGUUUCUUCUGUGAAGAGUUGCUGAUAUUUGGUUCAGUCAGUGAAGACCUUGCACAGAGUCUUCCAGUGUACUGGCCCACAGUCAGUGGGUGUCCUGAUAUUUGGGUCCAACAAACCUUGGAGGCUAUGUCUCUAGAAAUGGAGCCACGAGUAGACAAGACGACAUUCAGCCAGAUCUACUCACAGGAGCAUUUCACGGACCUUCAUGGGACCUUGUCAGGAGAAAAAGGAAAACACACGGUCUCAGAGACUUUCUUUUUUUGUAAACUGACUAUUUUAAAAUACUUAUUUGCAAUGCCAUAGGUGUGGGGGAAAGGUGCAUGUGGCCCAGUGGCCCUUUCCCACUGUUGUUUGAGACAUCACCUCCCCGUUCUGUCUGACUUUCACUGGUUCAAUUGGUGAUGAGUUUCAUAUCGACAGCAUCAAUGUUCUUAAUCAAAAACCUUGUCUGUGAACAAGGCAACCUCCCUUUGUAAGCACUAUUUAUUGUCUGCACAAUACAGGUUUUCAAUUUGUAAGAAACAUUUGCGUGUUCAUUGGAGUUCUGUUGUAUUUUUAAUCAUUAUUUAGAUAUCACAGCAUUAAAAUGUGUCAUUACUAGCAAGUGUGAAUUGUAAAUGUCUUUAAAGAGCAGUUCUGAAUCAUAAAUGAAUUUCAGUCGCCACAAUAAAAAACAACAACAACCUUGUUACCAAGCUUUCCAUGCUGCCAAAAGCAAAGACAUGGAAAUGGUGGAUGGAGUAAAAAAAAAAAAAAACAUGCUGUGAAACCUUCUGUAGCGACAUCUCAGUCAGGUACUUUCAACUGGCAGUGGAAUUUUUGCUUCAUUUUUGACAUCAGCAAACGUCUCGUGUGAGUCAUUGUGUUCUCUUGGCAAUAGAAAGGCUACAGAUGGCAGCGCGGGUUCAAUUUUGACUGUACACUCACACAAACAGCUCGCUCUUUGGAGUAAUGGAUCCAAUGUCAGCUGUGGCAGAUCGUGAGGUGUCUUACCCACAAUAGCCAGAAACCUGUGGAGGGGUACGACAGAAAGGCAUGCUCCUGUGAGUGGAAAGGGGGUAUCCUGAAUCACAGGUGUCAUCCUGCAUUCAUAUUGGCCAUUGGUGACUCACAGCAGUUUUAGCCAAUUUUUAGUGUGACGACAUUGAUUUAAUCACAUCAUACAUCCACCCUUAGCUAACUUCCUUAACGUUGUCUACAGACAUCUAUCUUAAGUUAAUUGAAUUCUCUAUAUUGCCCAUAUAUGAUUGGUGGGAUGCUGGAACAUCACUGAAACCAUGUCAAUAAACCUCAUUACACAUUUUCACGUCAUACUACACUUUUAUGAGGCAUCUGUUUAAGGCAUCAAUCUAUUGAUUGACUCCGUUCUAGUCUAGUCAUUUUCCGAAACCAGGCCUUAUUGUUGUAUCAAUAAUACAACCCAUCUCUGCAAAAGUUGAUUUGAGGAAACUGGAGUUUUCUUGUUUAAGUUGUUUCCCCUUUAAUCCAAAAGGUUUCUGCAGUUCUAAAUUUUACACUGCAAAUUCCCCAAGUCUUACCAAGAAUAUUAUUUCUUUCUGUCUUAUUUCUAGUCAAAACUAAACUGAUUACACCUAAAUUAAGACUCAUCACCGAAUAGGUACCUUAUUGUUAGACAAUUUUCUCUUGUUUCAGAUAAAUGUUUUCAAGCUAAGUUCAAGAUAAUGUGAAUUUGAAAUAGCUAUGGGGACAAAAACAUACUCUUACUUACUGAUUUACUUACUCUUACUCAGAAUCUUACCAAGAAUAUUUGUCUUAUUUCGAGUAAAAUAUAAUUCAAUUACACUUAAAAUAAGACUUAUCACCUCAAAAAGAAUUUGUUUUUUGAUUAUUUAAAAAAAAAUAAAAAAUAUUACUCCAUUGGCAUUUUUUUCCUACUUCAAAUAAAAAAUAUCUUGAAACAAGUGAAGAUUUUCUUAAAACAAGUUAGUUUUUUUGUGUGAUGAGUCUUAUUUUAAGUGUUAUGUCUUCCUGAUUGUAUGAGGAUCAUUGUUGUUGUUAUUGUUGUUGUUGCUGUUAUAAUUGUUGUUGUAGUUGUUGACAGGUGUGGCUGGUGAAUGACCAUUUUGCAUAACAACUGUUUGUUCACCUGCCUGGUGUUAAAUUGUCUCAUUAGUGGCCACUAUUCCCAUGGAGUGAGACAAUCUUUGUGGGAGAGAAGUUCAAGUUCAAUUUCCCCGAUUCAACUUUUGCGGCGUUCCAUGACCUGGACAACUAAGAAUCUACACAGGUGUCAUUCCUGGCUGUCGGUGCCUUUUCCGUCCCAAUGAAAAUACUUUUAAUAUUUUACUUCAAAUGAAUAAAAUGCAUAUUUUGAAAACA